UCUUUGUUUUGUUCAUUCUAGAUGCUGUGCAUCAUCAGAGCAGAGGUAGAUAAACUCAAGCGAGUACAUGCAAGCGCACAUGUUGAACACUAUGCCGGUGUCCAUACAGAGCAAAGGCUGGAUUGUUGUGAGUUGUUGAGCAAUAACACAGCAGGACAAAUGAGAAUGAUUGAUGCUUUCAAUGGCUUGAGUGGAUUUGAGAUGGACUAUAAUAUACAUCACCAUUCUCUACACACUCAGUCAAAAUGGCCAAUCAUUUUUGAUACUAUGAUGAUGGAAUAUCAUAAGACAAUUUUCCCCACUCAUGACUCUGGAGGAGCUUCUGUGACCUGCCUGAUCACUGGUUUCUACCCACGCCACAUCAACCUGACGCUUCUGAGGAACAGCCAGCCUGUGUCCGAGCACCUGGUCAGUGGAGGUGAGCUGCUGCCUAAUGGAGACGAAACAUAUCAGAUGAGGAAGAGUCUGAGACCGGGGAAUCCGGACGUCCAGGAAUGUUGCAUCUUCCUCAUGUGUGGUAGAAAUAAAAACAACCCAGCACCCAGCGAGGGAGGAGUCUGGCUCUGA